AAAAAUGCCCCUUUAUUCAACUGGAGGUACCCAAGCUUGGUAUUCACCAAAACAGGCGUUGUGUAUCGCUCUAACUUUUGCAAUUGUUGAUUUACUAGUUAACAUUUUUGGAUUGGCCUGGAAUGGAAAAUUUUUCACCUUUGAUAACUUACAACACUGGUUCGAUUUUAGCCAUUACACGUUUACUAACAACCCGAUUGACUUCCUUGCUGUUGCCAUUCUUCGAAUUUGUAUUCUUCUUGGUGGUGCCGCAGGAGUUUAUUGUAACCCUAAAGGAGGCGCUGAAGCUUGUGCUACUCUUUCCAAUUUUACCUUUGCAUUAGUCCUUGUUAUUGUUGCCUUUUCUCCAAUAAAAUUGCUUGCUUUUUAUGAACAUGAGGACCUCAAAUUUGCUGUUGGAGAUUGGAUUCUUAUGAUUUGGUGCAUUCUAGCAGCUUUAUUUGUUCAAGCAAUUUGGGUUAGCGUGUUUGCUCGUGUUCGAGAAGUUAUUUUUGUUGGACGUCAAAGACUAUUUUCUAAUGAAGAUGAACAAUAUUUUUCUGAAUUGCAAAGAAAAGAAAGUGAAGUUGCUGAUCAAAAACGAGAAACUUUUGUGAUGCUUUUCAGACUUCUUGGAUAUAUGGCGAAGGAAUGGCCGUUUUACAGUGUUGCUUUUAUCUUUUUGUUCUUUUACUCACUUUCUCGAGUUUUUGUGCCUUACUUUACUGGACAAGUGGUUGGAGCUGUCUUUGGUGCUGAAGCUUCUUAUGAACACCUCUUUAAUUAUGUCAUUAUUAUGGCCUCGCUUUCUUUAUCGAGUUCUGUCUUUGCUGGUCUACGUGGAGGAUUUUUUACUUAUUCGCAGGCUCGAAUUGAUAGAAGAAUUCGCGGGGAUCUUUUUAGUUCUUUUGUUAAACAAGAGAUCGGAUUUUUUGAUGCUAACAAAACUGGAGAAAUUUGUUCCCGGAUAAAUGCCGAUUGUCAAACAAUGUCAAAUACAUUGGCACUUUACAUGAACGUUUUUUGUCGAAAUAUGACAAUGCUUGUUGGCUCGCUUAUUUUUAUGUUUCUGCUUUCUUGGCGUCUUACAGUUGUUACAUUUACUGCUGUUCCAAUUAUUUUUUUAAUUUCAAAAGUUUUUGGUGUUUACUAUGAUCAAAUAGCCGAAGAAAGUCAAAAUAGUGUAGCAAAAGCAAAUGAUGUUGCAGAGGAAGUUUUGAGUGCAAUACGCACAGUAAAGAGUUUUGCUUGUGAACGUUUUGAAUCUCUCCGUUUUCUCUCUUAUUUGAAUGUUACUCUAAGUAUUGGUGCACGUAAAGCAACUGCUCAUGUUGGAUUUCUUCUUACUACGGAGUUUUUACAAAUGGGAAUUCUUACAAUGGUGCUCUUUUAUGGCGGUCAUUUGGUAAUUCAAGGAAAAAUUGAUUCUGGACUUUUGGUCUCAUUUAUGCUCUACCAAUUCCAAUUGGGGGAAAAUUUACGAGAAUUGGGCGAAGUUUGGAAUGGAUUGAUGCAAGCAGUUGGUGCCUCGAGAAAAGUUUUUGAAUUAAUUGACCGUCAGCCCGAGGUAUUAAAUGACGGACACGUUGCCCUUGAUGAUAGAAUUGCUCGGAUGGAAGGACGAAUUGAAUUUAGAAAUGUUCAUUUUCAUUACCCAACACGGCCUAAUGUUCCUGUACUUAAAGGCCUUUCCUUCACAGUUGAACCCGGUCAGAUAGUGGCACUAGUAGGACCUAGUGGAGGUGGAAAAAGUUCGUGUAUCGCUUUGCUUGAACAUUUCUAUGAGCCUGAAUCUGGUGAAGUUCUUCUCGAUGGUGUACCAGUGCGAGAUUAUGACCAUAAAUUUUUGCAUACAAAAGUAUCACUUGUAGGACAGGAACCGGUCCUCUAUGCACGUUCUGGUUAUGAGACUGAUGUUGGCGAAAAAGGAGGACAAAUGUCUGGAGGACAAAAGCAAAGAAUAGCCAUUGCUCGUGCACUUGUAAGAGAACCAGUUGUUUUGCUACUCGAUGAAGCGACGUCAGCACUUGAUUCAGAAUCCGAGCAUUUGGUACAAGAGGCUAUUCAACGAAAUCUUAGAGGCCGAACCGUGCUUUUAAUCGCACAUCGAUUAAGCACAGUAGAGAAUGCUGACAAAAUUGUUGUGAUUAGCGGAGGUCGAGUGGUUCAGGAAGGUGUACACAAAACCCUAAUAGCAGAAGAGGGUCUAUACAAACAAUUAGUACAGAGACAAAUGCUCGGUGGUGAGUUGAGUGAGGACUUUACAGCUCCAAAACACACUCAUGGUGGAAGAACUCCCCGUGCCCGGUCUGCUAGAAGAGUUCCACGUUCGACAUCGCCAAGUCAGCAAAGUACCGUACAAUCAUUUCUUGGUUCAAGUAUGGCUAGUUCUUAUCUUUAA